GUUUACAGUAUUUUCGCGGCGAUUCUGUACCCGGUCAUGUCGAAGACGAAGAAUUCGGAGUUCGCAGAGGUGCUUCAUCGGCCCAUACGGACCCUCGCGUAUCCGGAAGAGAGCGUCGCCAAUUUAUUCGUCGCCCUGGCGAUACCAUUGGAGGAGCCUUACAAGUCCGUCUCCGUGGCUCUUUUCUUCGAAGCGACCUACCCGCUGCCACUGAACGGGAGUGACUUUCUAAUCGGCGAGGGUGAACGGAAGCAGAGGAGCCUAGACAGAGCCACUUUAUAUCAAGUCGUCAAGAACAAAUUUGAACAUUACGGAUAUCAGGGUCACGGAUGCCUGCUGAGGGCCAUUUGCGAAACUUCGGAACAUCCCUUAAGACAUAACGGCCUCAUCGGCGACAUCGUCCACGUGAUCUUCACGCCGACGAGCUCGCGACAUGAACCACUGCCAGAGGACAUUCUUCAGGCCGAAGUGGUCGGACGUAAUGGCAGCUGCUCCAAGUACCGACCGCAUUGCCCCGUGGGACUCUUCGACUUGAUUGGAGUCCUCGGUUGAGUCCCUGAAAAACCGCCGCGGAGCACCGCCGUUCCACUCCGAUUGGGUAAACAAUCCGAUUUCACGUCCGUACGUUACCUGUACUCUCGCAAUCAACCUUCGUUUCGCAAUGCUUCAAGAGCAGGAAGUAACGUUGGCCCGGCGAGCAUCCUA